AUGGGCAGCUCUCUUCUUGCGCCACCAGAGUCUGCAACGAAUAGCCAAUGCUUCACAAGCAGCAGCAGCAGCAGCAGCAGCAGCAGCAGCAGCACAUUAAUGGUAGCAAUGGGGAACGACGGGCUUACCCCUAGAAAUGCUGACUUAAAAGAGCAGCAGCUGCAGCAACAGCAGGAGCAGCUGCUGCAGCAACAGCAAAAUCCGCAACGGCAUUCUCCGCCACAGCAGGCUGAGCAACAGCCGUGUGACACUCCGUCGCAGCAGCAGCAGCAGCAGCAGCAGAAGGACGAAGGUGAGAGAGACACCAGCUGCCCUUCACCUCGUGAGGGACACCUGCAGCAGCAGCAGCAGCAACGAGGGGUUGAGCCAGCAGCAACAGCAGCAACAGCAGCAGCAGCAGCCGAGGCUGCGCUGGCUGUGCCUGCUCCCCUGAGUCCUGCUGCUGGGCCCCCCUCCGAAGCAGAGGUACGUGACGCUUCUGCUGCUGCUGCUGCAACGCAUGCAGCUGCAGGAGAUGCUGGCGCAGCACCACCAACUGGUGCAGCAGCAGCAGCAGCAGAGACGGACCCCCCAAAACAGCAGGGAGGGGAGAGUCAAACUCUCUGCAGCAACAGCAGCAGCAACGGCAGCAGCAGCGGCACUACCAGCAGCAGCAGCAGCCACGAGGUACCGCAGCAGGGCUCUCUACUGGGACCGUCGGAAAGAGACGUGGGUCACCAGAGUCCUACACAAGAACCUGCUGCUGCUGCUGCUGCUGCACCAGCUGGUGCUACUGCAGCGGCGACACCGAACCUGCUUAGCAACAGCAGCAGCAACAGCAGCAGCAGCGAGGGUAGUGAGAGCAGCAGCAGCAGCAGCAGCAUCAGGGGCACGUCGCACGAUGUAUCUCGUGUCUUCGUUGAGCUGGCAGAGCGCAUCUCGAGGCCUGUCUCCCCUGCAGCAGCAGCAGCAGCAACAGCAGCAGCAACAACAACAGCUGCAGCUGCUUGCGCUGCUGUUUCGGCUGUCACAGCUUCUCCAGCUGCUCAGCAGCAGCAACAAGAGCAACCGCAGCAGCAGCAACCGCAACAGCAGCAGCAGCAGCUGCUGCCUGGCAGCGAUGGCAUGCUCUCCAGGGAGGGAUUCUCCCCUGGCAGGGUCCCGCAGUCUGCUGAGCGGCAGCAGCAGCAGCAGCAGCAGUUGCUGCUGCCGCCUGAAGGAGACACAGUGAACGUUGAUACUUGUGGGUUGGCGGAUGCGCAGCCCGGGCAGCAGCAGCAGCAACAGCAAGAGCAGCAGCAACCACCUUGCGUUGAGGGUAUGGAUUUGGUUGGGCCAGAGGUAAGACCUCAGCAGCAGCAGCAGCUGCUGCUGCUGCAGGACUCCUCUGUUCAUGCAGGAGUUCCUCAGUUAGCUGUUUCUGUUCCCGAGCAGCAGCAGCAGCAGAGCGGUGAGCAGCAGCAGCAGCAGCCGCAGCAGAUCGGUGCUCAACAGGAGAAGCCGCCGAAUGGCCUGGAGUUCCUGUAUGGCAGCAGCACCAACAAUGACAGCAGCAGCUGCAGCAGCAGUAGCAGCGCCGAGGAGAGCAGCAUGAAUGUGGAUGUGGAGGAAGGAGCAGCAGCUACACCGCAGCAGCUGCCCGUCUUAGAAACUGCACCAUUUGCGAGGAGUCCGCAGCAGGAGCAGCAGCAACAGCAGCAGCAACAGCAGCAGCAGGAAGAGAAGCCACAGGGGCAAUACAUGCAGGGAGAAGGAGCAGAGCCCCAUGAUAGCGAGCCAUGGGAGUACCGACGCAGCAGCACAGGCAUAACGUUAGAGGAUCAAGCGGCGCUGCAGCAGCACCAGCACGAGCAGCAGCAGCAGCAGCAGGAGGAAGGGAUGCUGCUGCAGCAGCAGCAUGAAGAGUUCUUGAGGGAAGCAGAAGAAGUCGCGAAGCAGCCAUUGGCUUUUGAGUGUAUGGACACCGAUUGUGGACAGCAGCAAUCCGACUCCACCGGUCCGCAGCAGGAGCAGCAGCAACAGCAGAAGCAGGAGCAGCAGCAGCAGCAGCAAGAGCAGCAGGCUGAGGCCGCUCCUUCCUGUGACACCGGCAGCAGCUCUGACGCGAGAACCGCUGCUGAAGAAGCAGAGGUGGAGGAGUUGCUGCAGUACUACCCGACCCCACAGCCUUCCUAUGGUCGUUAUCAUCAUCUAAUGGCUCUUAUUUACCUCCAUUUCUUAAACUACGUAGAUCGUGGAUUCUGUGGGGAGGCAUCAUGCUCAGAUUUAACAUCUGAUUGUCCAUUUGUAUUUGAUUUGAGUGAUUCACGUCGAAAUACAUUUGGUUCACAUAGACAACAUCAACAACAGCAACAGGGAUACAAGGGACAACAUGAUCAACAGGGAAUGGGGCAACAACAACAGGGACAGGCACAGACACACGGACACGGACACGGACAGGGACAGGCACAGGGACAGGGGAAGCAACAACAGGGACAGGGACAAGGGCAACUGCAACAGAGGAAAGGAGAUUGUUGCCUAAAAACUACACAUCGGUGUUGUGCUGCUCGUAGUAGUCGAUGGUGUAGACAUAGCUUCCACUGCAGCAACAGCAGCAGCGGCAGCAGCAACAACAGCAGCAGUAGUAGUGGCAGCAGCAGCGGGAGCAGUGAGGCUUCUGAGCCAUGGCUACCUCUACUGCAGGAACAGAAGACAGCAGGUGUCGUUCCUUGCUGCUGUCAUUCAUCACAUUUUGCUCCUCAUCCUGCUGCUGCAGCAACGUGCGGCUGCGUCACAGAGCUGCCUCCUCCAUUUCCUGAUUCGUUGCGCCAUUUGCUGCCAGCUAGACGACCUGCAGCAGAUACAGAAGAUGAUGAUCCUGCUCCCUCUGCUGCUGCUGCUGCUGCAGCACCAGAAGCACAGACCUGCUGCAACAAAACAGAUACUCAAAACGAGCAGCAGCAGCAACAACAGGAAACCAACUCCCCAGCCACCAGCACUUGCGACAGCCGCAGCUGCAGCAGGCGCUGCAGUUGCAACAGUCGUUGCUCCGGCAGCAGCAGCAGCAGCAGCAGCAGUAGUAGUAGUAGUAGUAGUUCUACCUUAGAGACACUCCCUUCUCAUGUUGUUGUUGCACAUCCUGGCGAUGCAGCACGCAGCAGCAGCAGCAACAGCAGCAGCAACAGCAACAGCAGCAGCAGCAACAAGGGGCAGCUCCAGGGUUUAGAAGAGGACAGCGACACUUUCUUAGGAAACCAGCAGCAGGACCUGUUGGGGGAGGCUGAUGCUCAGUCGCCUGCUGCUGAUUCUGCUGUCGCAGCAGAGCCAGGAGGAGCUGCUGCUGCUCCUGCAGCAGGAGCAGCUUUGACCGCAGCAGGAGGGGAGUCUGCUGCUGCGUAUACAUGCAGCACGAUAUCUCUAUCCGACACACCAUCGGGAGCAUCAGCAACUGUGCUGCAGCAGCAGCAGCAGCGAGCGGGACGCCGCGGGGCUGCACGAUGGCCCAUACGUGCUGCUGUCAACAGCAAGGCAGAGCGGCAGCUGCUGCGGCGGGAACUGCAGCAGCAACAGCGUCAGCAGAAGCGGAAGCAACAGCACGGGGACAGCCAACAGCAGCAUCAGCAGCACGAGCGGCGCAAUGCGCAUGCAUCUGCUGCAGCAGCGGGUCCCUCCGGGUGGAGGACAAAAGCACCCAGGGGCAACGGCAGCAGCAGCAGAGGCAGCAGGAGAAGGCAGUCCAUAAACAACCUCAGUAGCUGCCCUGUAUCCCCUCAACCGCCGGCGAAGAGUGAUACUCCUGCAGAAAGUGCUCUUGAGCAGCAGCAGCAACAGCAGCAGCAACAGCAACAGCAGCAGCAACAGCAACAGCAACAGCAACAGCAGCAGCAACAGCAACAGCAACAGCAGCAGCAACAACAGACGCUGCAUGGAACGGUUCCCGCUGAGGAGCCUUUGCGUGGGAGUCUGCAUCUACCCGGUGCAGAGGGCAGCAGCAGCGGUACUGCUGCUGCUGCUGCUGCUGCGGCUACUGUUGCGUUUCACAGUCCUCCAGAGUCGCGUAUCGUCACCAGGCAGUCCAACAACAACGACAGCAGCAGCAACAACCACAAUAAUAGCAGCAGCAGCAGCAGGCAUCCGCACCAGCAUGGGGUAUCUCGUCUGCAUGGAGAGGCGCGGCGGCAGAGGCGGCAGCAGCAGCGUCUUGCGGUGUAUAGGGAGCGUUUUCCGCAUUUGGUUUACUCAGACACGGAGGCGACAACGACGACACCGUUCUGCUGUUUCUCAGCUGCAGCAGCAGCAGAUGCAGCAGCAGGAGGCAGCAGAUAUGUCUGGGGAUCGAAUGCAGGAGCAGAAGGGAAGGAAGCAGGGGCGUGGGGAUGGGGCACGGGGGGGCCCCCUUCAGGGAGGGCCGUGUACCCUUUGCAUUUUCAUUUGUGGGCCCUGCAUCUUAAGAGGAGAUAUCAGCAGCAUCAGCAGAAAGCUGCUGUUGCUGCUGCUGCUGCACGCAGACGCAGCUCCGCCUGGGCUUCGCCUGCGGGUGCCAGUGGUCAGCCUUCGCAGCAGCAGCGAACAAAGUGGCGCGCCAAUCAGGCAGCAGAAGUAGCACAAGGGACAGCACCAGCGGCGGGAACAGAAGCGGCAACAGUAGCGGGAGCAGCAACUGCUGCUGCUGCUGCUGCAGUUGCUGCUGCUGGAGAGGCUCGCGAAGAGUUAGAUUGGGGACCCAGCACUGCGAAGCGACCCCUCCCUUCCGGCGGUAGCCUUGAAGGGGAGGAAAUCCUCUUCUUCGGUUCUGCUGCUGCUCCUGCGGCUGCUCCUGCUGCUGCAUCUGCAACUGAGAUGGCCGGAACGACACCUGCAGAAGGCAGUGCAGCGGAGAUUUCCACGCAAGGCAGCAGCAGUAGCAGUAGCAGCGGCAGCAGCAGCAGCAGCAGCAGAAGCAGCAGCAUGGAAGACGCACAGAUGUGGGGGAUGGAUACGCCUCCUAACUCGGAGGGCCUGCAGCCAUCUGCAAUUGAGCCAGAGCCUGCAGCUGAAGCUGCGAAACCUGUAGCAGCAGCAGAAGCACCAGCAGCAGCAGGGGGACGGUGGCGCAGCGAUAUGGAGGCGGAGGGUAUGGAGGAGGAACAGCAGCAGCCAACAGCAAGCAGCACUGAUGCCCCCAGCUCUUCACCUGUAUGGCCGUCUCCAUUUCUGUCCUCUACGGCUCCUGCUCCUGCUGCUGGUGCUUCCCCUAAAGCAGCAGCAGCAACACCAGCAACGGCAACAGCAGCAGCACCAGCAGCAGCAUCAGCAUCCGUUGCGGGUAGCAGCAUGCGAGGGAGGAGGCAGCAUCCUGCACCUGUGCGCAGCAGCAGCAGCCACAUAACAAGCAGCAGCAGCAGCAAUCGGUGUCGUAGGAGUUGCGCAUCUGGUUGUACCUUAUCUAUAGAUCGCUGUUCUUUGCCUCUAUGGCGCAUGCGAGCAGCAGCAGGUGCAUGCUCAGCAGCACAUCCUUUACAUUUUGUUUCUCUUGAAGAUUAUUUCCCUUUUUUCUUGCGAAUUCUUGAGGGGGCUUAUAAACAUCCUGCAUGCAGACCACCAGGCUGUACAGGACUUAAUCUACCAAGACCGGGUGUAUCCGAAGAAGAAUUUCAGCUGUGGAUGCAGCAGAAGCUGCAGGAAGGGACAACAGACAUGGCAGAAGUCUAUAGCGACCCCACCAUGGGAAUGCAUCAACAUAAAGUUUUCCUUCAAGAGACAUUUGUAAAGUCUGGUUUUGUCUCUGCUGUUGUGCAGAGUCUUAUUCGCAGCAGAAGCCGCGGGCCUUGUUUGCAGCUGCUUGCUGCAGUGGGACUGCAUGCACAGCCCUACCGUUGCCUCUCUGUAUUCCAACCAGAAAUAGAGCAACAGUUGCUGCAGACACCAACAGCAUUAAUCUCCUCCCUCCUCUGCUUUAUACCCAAGGAUCCUCUUACCCGGUUAGGAGUUUCUUGUAUUGACGCUAUUGAGGCUCUGCAGCAACUGGUGCUGGCAGUACCUUCUCUUUUGUCUUUUAUCUCUGCUACACAGUGGAAUUCCCUUUUAGAUUUGUUCUUUAAAAAACGAUCUCAUCAUAUCUUCGCAGCAAAAUUCCUCUCCAUUCUCAAACGGGCUCUAGAAAUUGGGUCUGAGAAUAUACAGCGUUGUUUGUUUGAAGAUUGUCGCCUUUUAGAUCGCCUCGAUGCGGCUGUCUCCGAGCACAGAAACAAACAAAUGCAACUAAAAAGGCCUCGUUCUGAGGGCUUAGGUGCAAUAACCGAUGUGCUGAUACAUCUCAGUCUCCUUGUCCAGCUCGAAGGCCUCGGCCCUCCUCUAUGUCCUUCCUCGCCAUCAUCUGGGGUCAAUACACCCAGACUGGGCCCCUGCACCCCGCGCAGCAGCACCCAGCAGCAGCAACAGCAACAGCAUGCGAUAACGGUGAAGCUCUUCUCACCACGUAGCGGUGGAUUUGACCCCGCCAACCCGCAGGCUGCUGCUGCUGCUGCUGUUGCAGCAACAAAUCAGGCGGCCGCUGCUGCAGCUGUUUCUACUGUGUCACCUGCCGGACUGCUGCAUGCUUUGCUUCCUUCCAUUCCUAUUCUUCCGGCUGGAGCAGCAGCGCCUCAGGCUCCUGCGGCUGCCGAUCCUGCUGCUGCAGUAGCGGGGGUGUGCAAAUCGGAACUGCUCGCCGUAGAAGAAGCUCAGGACUCCCCGCGCUUUUCUUUCUCGCCGGCACCACACAUGCGCCUCAAUUCACAAGAUGAGCCCCAGCAGCAGGUGCAAGGGGGGGUUGCUGCGGAUGUGAAUCCUACCAGCGGCCUGCCUCCCUCUCCCGAAGCAUCAGCAAAGGGUCUUUCGCCUCAGGGGGAGACAGCAUCUGCCAGCAGCAGCAGCGCAGAUUCCCUUCUCACUCAACAGCAGGAACAGCAGCAGCAGCAUGCGCCAGCCUCUGCUAAUACCGUCGUCGGGAUGGUGACCCUGUGGGGUUCAGAAGGAGGGGCGAAUGCGGCGGAUAGCAGCAGCAGCAGCAGCACUGCUGCUGCGACGCCUUUUGCGCCCGCUACGGCCGUCCCCGCCGCAGAAGCAGCACCAGCCCCGGAGACGACAGCAAUACCAGCAGAAACACCUGCGCGUGUAGUUGAGGAACAGUUAGGAGGCGUUUUGGUUGAGUUGAAGGGCUGCGCUGGGGUGCAACCUAUGGAUAUCGACUACGCACACUUCUCCCCACCAGACUCCCCAUCUGCUGUAGAGCAAUUUGCAGCCCCCCUACGUGCUGCGCCUGCUGCUCCCCACACACCCAGCAACGGAGAGAUAACCUCCUCACACGGCAGCAGCAGCAGCAGCAGCUCAGCAUUGCCGAAUAGUCCACAGCGUUUGCCUGCUCCAGAAGUCGCGUCAGCAGCGGUACACCAGGCCUCGGGAGGAACCGCAGCAGCACCAGCCGCGGCAGCAGCAGCAGGCGCAACUGGUGGCGACGAGCUGACGCUUGCUGCCCUUCCUGCAGAGGCGGGUAAUCUAAGAAGACGCGGGGGAGAAGGUUCUUCUGUCUCUUUCUCGGUUACAGGAGAGAGCACCAGCAGCAGCACGAGCAGCCACGAGGCGAACAGCAGCGUUAUUGAGUGCAGCAGCAGCGGCAGCGAGGGGAGCAGCAGCGAGGCGGGUAGCAGCCGCAGCAGCAGCCGCAGCAGCAGCCGCAGCAGCAGCGACAGAGAGGGCCUCUGUCCAUCAGGGGAAGUGGCGCUGCAGCAGAGGGGGGGCCCUUCUGGGGGUCCCCUGAGCUAUCUGGCAGAGUUUCUGCUGCGGUCGCGCAAGUGGCAGCGCAUGCAGCGAUUUCUAGCGAAGCAGCGGAGAGGCCCUUUCUUAGACUUAACGGAUCCGAACAACUUUAUGCCGGUGGACGAAGCGCGAAGAGUAAAAGAAGAAAGAAAGAGACAAGAGAAAUUGCAACACCAAAAAGAGGUAGCUACUCCCACCUCUCACGGAGCAGCAGCAGCAGGUGGGAAAACACCGAAAGAGCAAGUCGGAGAAGAAGCGGAAGAAGGAAAGCAGCAGCCACAAUUCGUCGCAUGCUCAUUCAAGAACCGCGCCUCCUGCUUCUGCAAUUUUGGCCGAAGACCGCCCGGUGUAGCUGCAGCAGCAGCAGCAGCAGCAGCAUCAGCAGCAGCGCGCCUUAUUUGGAGCCUUGUAGAUGAGGCUAGGAGCGGCUGCUCCUCGUUGCUGCUGCAGGGCAGCAGCAACGAUAACAGCAGCAGCAAUAGCAGCAACUGCAACGGCUGCUGCGGCAACAGCAGCACCUGCAGCACCAGCAGCAGCUAG